AUGUCAUCAUCGAAAAAAGGCAACACAACAACAAACAUGACUAAAUUGGAAACCGCUCCUUUUGAUCCACGUUUCCCCAACCAAAACGUGACCCGUUACUGCUAUCAAUCCUAUGUGGAUUUCCAUCGCUGCCAAAAGAAGCGUGGUACCAACUACGAACCCUGCAAUUACUUCAAGAAGGUCUUCAAUUCCAUGUGCCCCAAUGCCUGGAUUGAAAAGUGGAACGAUCAAAUUGAUGCUGGCACUUUCCCCGGCAGAAUCUAAAUGCAGCAGCUUCAGUAUUGGUUAAUUUGCUGUGCAGAAGAAGAAGUACAAGAUGAAGCUGAAGGCCACUACUUCUACCAUUCAACAACACAAACAAACACCUAGCUUUGUAAACUGUCGUCUAUUGUUAAUGCAAUC